AUGGUCGUCCGCAUUCUUUGUCUUCAUGGAAUGGGUGUCAAUGGGGACAUCUUCUCAUUUCAAACAGCUGGCUUGCAAUCUCAACUCCCAUCCAACUAUGUAUUCUUCUUCGCCAAUGCUCCCGAGACUUGUGAUCCUGCACCGGGAAUGGGUGAUUUCUUCUCCGGUCCCUACCGAUGCUGGUACAACACUCCCACUACGAGCAAGGUGGCUGCAGCGCAUCACUUCGUUCAAAAUAUCAUCGAGCAAAAUGGUCCUUUUGACGGGGUCAUAGGCUUCAGUCAAGGCGCAGCUGUAGCAGCCUCGAUGAUUCUCCAUCAUCAACUGGAGAGCCCAGAAGAACGAUCCCUCUUCUCAUUUGCCAUAUUCAUUGGUUCACCGAUCCCAUUUUCCAAGUCCCUAGACCACGGAAUCGACCUCCGCGGCUACUUCGGUCUCGAAACAUUUCAAAAGUUCCACCAAGUCCGGCCAGGAUGUCCAACCGUAAUCCCUUCAUAUCUCGUCACAGACAAGACUUACUUGCGAGGAGAAACAGAGCUGGAGGGGAAGGCAUUGUGCGGUCUUUCGGGCUCGUUCUAUCAAAUGUUUCACCCGACAGUUGAUUCAGCUCGUAUUUCUAUUCCUGUUGCGCAUGUUUAUGGCUCUAACGAUCCUUGGAUCCGACAUAGCAUAGAUCUUGUCGGACUUUGUGAUAGUGAGAAGACGUAUGUUGUUGAGCAUGAUGGGGCACAUGAAAUCCCUGGAGUUAUUACAGAUGAACUGUGCGAUGUGGUGGAGAAUACAGCCUAUAUGGCUGGAUGCUAUUAA